AUGAGCGAGAAUUUAGGGACGGACCACAAUGACUAUGGUACAACCUCAACACUUAAUGCUGUUGAUGUUCAUAUUGCCCUGACCGCUAUCGAGGACGCUGUGAAUAAGCUUGCCCUCCUUGACGACCUUGCACCAGACUUAGCCACACAUAGAGACGAGCUCACUCUCUAUGUCGGUACGGAGAUCUCUCGCAUUAUCACAAAGCAGCGGGCGCUAGAGGAUCAACUGAUUAAGGUUAUAGAUAAUAGGAACGCCCUUCUGCAAAACAACAGCACUCGUGCCGUUAUACAGGCAUCAAACGCCGAAGUCACGGAAAUAAGCAAAGCGAUUAAGGCUGCAACAAGCGAGCUCUGCAGAAACCUCAGAGAAAACCCGUCUGUCUCUGAAAACUUGAGGAAAACCCAGGCACAUCGCUCUUAUGUCCACAAGCUAUUAACGACAGCUUAUGCUGAGCUGAAGCAAAAGCACAGCUAUACUGAUCUUGAUCGCACCGUUUCAGAAGCGCAUAUGGUUCUCAUAGAGGAGAAGAGGCUAGAGGAACGAGCACAAAAGGCCAAGAAUGCAGUCCGCGAGCUCCAAGAAGAAAUAGAUAAAACUCGCUCUGAGCAUCAGAAGACGUUGACGGAGCAGCAAGAGCAUCUUAAAGAACUGCGAGAGGAAUUGGUUACCCAACGCACUCGGAUUACUGACACGGUCCGUCUCUACCAACGAGAAUUGGUGGCUGCUAACAAUGAAGCUGAUCGACUGCGCACCGGCGAACUCCGCAAAGGCCAAAACCUUCUCAACGACAUAGCCGCUGUGCUGCAGCAGGAGGAGGCUUCUCAUGAGAUUCUUCACCAGAUUCUCCAAGAUGAUGGGCAACAGAUGACAAAGGCUGCCGGGGACUGGCUCCUUAAAUCGGAAGAGGUUAUAGGAAGACUAGAGGGCGAAAUUGCACACUUAGAGCAAGUAAAGAAGCAGAACAGCGAGAAGAUCUUCGAGAUGGAGCGCCAGGAUGAGGAAAACAUGGAGGAAAAGAAGCGGUGGGAAGAGGAGGAGGCGUUUAAACAGCGUAUGCACGAAACCCUCUUUGACGCCAGAAACAUGCGCUUAGAAGUUACACGGAAGUAUUUACAAGACACGUGGCGAUUGGCUCUAGACCCGCCGGACCCCGAAAAGAAGAAGAAAAAGGGGAGCAAGGGGAAAAAAGGUAGUAAAGGAAAGAAGGGAAAGUAG